CGAGCACCAGUUUACAGUGAAAAGCAGCCUUACACGCAGACAGUGACACAUAGCUGGGAACAAAGGACUACCACUUUUGCUGCAACACCUGAAUGUAACAUCGCUGGGAUAAGAAAGGCGAGGAAUUAAAAGCCAUCACCAUGAAUUUCGUAAUGAAGCAAGCGUUGGGAGGGGCCACCAAAGACAUGGGCAAAAUGCUCGGUGGCGAGGAAGAGAAAGAUCCCGAUGCAGAGAAAAAGGAAGAGGAGAGACAGGAGGCGUUGAGACAACAGGAGGAGGAGAGGAAGGCGAAAUAUGCAAAAAUGGAGGCAGAGAGAGAAAACAUCCGACAGGGCAUCAGGGAUAAGUAUGGCAUCAAAAAGAAGGAAGAGAAGGAAGCCGAGGCAGCAGCUGCGAUGGAGCAGGCCUCCGAGGGCAGCCUCACCCGUCCGAAGAAGGCGGUCCCCGCCGGCUGCGGCGACGAGGAGGAAGAGGAGGAGAGCAUCGUGGAUACGGUCAUGAAAUUCCUUCCGGGCCCGCUGAUGGAUAUGUUUAAUAAAAAGUAA